GCUAACCGACGGCCACCGCGGGUUAACCUCGUCUCGGUUACUAGCGCUCGCAUGCAUCGAUGAUCGUUUACUCAUUUUCACUGAUUCACAUUGCGUCGCAAUGCAGGACAGGUAACAGCUAGCCAGUAUCUAUAUCGGUGGAAUUAUAAAUAUAUUUCACUUCCGACAGUAAGUACAUAGCUGCAUGCAAGAAUGGCAGUCUAUCACGACGAAGUCGAAAUCGAGGACUUCGAGUACGACGAGGAGGAAGAGAUGUACUACUACCCGUGCCCGUGCGGGGAUCGGUUCCAGAUCAGCAAGGAGGAACUGAUCGCCGGCGAGGAAGUGGCUACCUGUCCGAGCUGUUCGCUCAUCGUCAAGGUCAUCUACGAUCCGGAAGCGUUCCAAGCCGAACAGGACGAGGUGGAAACGGUUCCGGCCGAACGGGAUAAGGAAAAGGCGGUGCGCGACUGAUCAAUUUCUGUUAUAGGCACUGUUCGAAUUAGAAGGUAGGUAACGUAAGGCGGCGGACACUGGAUGUGGUUCGACUUUAAACAAGUAUGACAAAUGUGAGAGUAGUCUUAAAUUCAAAGAAAUUCGUACUCAUGUCAUUACCAAGAUAAAUAAAUCGAUAAAUCAUCUAGUUGAUCGUUUAAUUACAUAUACCAUAAGUUUGUAAAUACAAAAGUUUGACCCAGAGAAAA